AGGCAAACUCUCAGGCGAAUGAGUCACAAGCUUUUCUGAAUCUUCACGACGAGGAUAUUUUGUACAAUAUCAAAGAAGAACGAGAACAACCCAUUAGAUCGACCCAACUUAAGCGACAGAGAACUACGGAAGAUUUGUCCCAAGAAAUGCAUCCUGACCUACAAGAAGCACCGAAAGCUCCCACAACUGGCAA